AUGACUAGUACCACCAAGAUCGUCAUAAUUACUGGAUGCAGCUCGGGGAUCGGCCUUGCUGCCACUAAACUGUUUGUGGAGAAAGGAUACAAUGUGUUCGGCCUCGAUGUCGCAGACUUCGCAAUCGAGAUGGACGAUAAGGUAUUCUCAUUCCACAAAGCAGACCUCUGUAAAGAUGGUGCGAUUGAGGCCGCCGUCGAGGCCUGUGUGAAGAAGUUCGGACCGCCCACAACACUGCUCAACAUCGCCGGUGUCAUGGACGCCUUCGAGGCCGCAGACACCGUCUCCGACGCUCAAUGGGACCGCCAGAUCGCAGUCAACCUCACCGCGCCUGUCAAACUGAUGCGCGCGGUCUUGCCCCACAUGCAAGCAGCCAAACAAGGCGCCAUUGUCAAUGUGUGUUCGCGCGCUGCAAUCGGCGGCGCCUGCGCUGGUGUCGCAUAUACGGCCAGCAAGCACGGUCUCCUCGGCGCAACCAAGAACACUGCCUGGCGUUUUCGCAAGGAGAGAAUUCGCGUCAACGCCGUGCUUCCGGGCGCUAUCGCCACAGGAAUUGGAUCUAGCAUAAGCAGAGAUUCCUUUGACAAGGCCUCUUACGCGGAGUGCUUGCCGGUUACCAAUCUGACCAGCGACCAAUCACUAGAAUAUGAGCAGAGAAAGGAGCAGGACAUUCAGCCGGAAGCUGUUGCAAAGAGUAUAUAUUUUCUGGCGAGUGAGGAUGCGGGGGUUUUGACGGGUGUCUGUAUGCCGGUCGACAAAGGGUGGAGUACGAUUUGA